UAGGUCUUGUUAUUUGGUCAAUUACAGCAUAUUGUAUGAAUGUUAAAUAAUAGACAGAUUUUUAGUUAAGUUUGUUUCGAAAAGUCGUUGUAGAGACAUAUACCAUAAAUAUAUUGUUAUCUGAGUUGAUUGUGAAAUAUCCCGAUUAAAAGAAAAAGAAAACAAAAACCGCCCACUUCGAAGAUGCACAUACUAUCUAUUUGACUGACGUGUGGCACUUGAAAAUGAGUUGAAUAUGAUGGGCGUUAAAAGGACUACAUUGGAUCCCAGAAAUCUUAAAGCGCCCCGCGGGGCGUCUCUGUGGUUGAUGUAUGUCCCUGAGGGUCUAUACUUUCAAAUCAGUAUAUGUAUCCGUAAUGCUAUCUGUCUUAUGUUGCUGUAUUACAACCGAAAUACGCAUGAAAAUGUCAAUUAAAGAAUUUGUGGUGGCUCUUAAAGGUUACGCCUGCAACCAUUUCCGGGAUUCAACAAAGCUUCAACUGGCGGGGUAUGCUGACAACCAGCAACAUGAGAUCAUGAGUGUCUAUGGAUCAAGAAUCAUUCGCGAGCAAAAACGGGCGCGACUCAAUUCCGAUGCUGAGGGGGGCGUGUUUGAAUGUGAAGUGGGCGUAUCGAAGGCGGACCAUAACGUAGAGGCAAAAAAUGGCGUCAGUUCUACUAAGGGACAGUUUGUCGCCAGCAGUCGUUUUGAGCGGCAGCAGAAAAUCAUCAUCGCGGCCAGUGUUCUGAAGAUCAAGAACCGCAGCAUCAUCCCCACCAUCGACAUCUUCAACUGCAAGGACAAACCUACAAUGUAG